AUGGGUGGUAAAUGUUCAAGGAUGUUUCAGCAAGAUGAUCUAUAUAUUGUGCAGUGGCAACAUCGAUCACUUCAUCAGGAUUUCCUUUCUCUUGAUCAAGGAGAAAUAGUUAUUGCACGAGAAUAUCAUAACCGAAUGACUUAUGAAGUAAAGGGUGCAACAAGAGAAAUCCAAAACGUGGUAACAGUUGAACGACUGCAUCACAGGAAAACAUGUAAAAACAAGGGAUUCAUUUCCAUGGACUAUUUACAAUUUUUAAGUUCUACCGGACUGCCGAAAACAGCAGUGAGUCGAGCAAUUUUGUCUACUUACGAUAUUCCACGAGAAAUUCUGGAAUGCAGGUGGUUUGUUGGAUGUAUUAAUCCAGUGGAGGUAGGGAUUUGGCUUCGAAAUGAUCUUCAAUCAUCAUUUGGUAGUUAUUUGGUAUGUCAACCAUCGGAAAUCAUAUCCCAUGUUGCAGGAUGGCCUAAUUAUGUAUUAGUUGUAAAAUGUCUUACCGAAAUGGGAGAACUUUGCCAUGAAUGGGAAGAAAAUCAAAAGCAUAACGUUAGCCGUACAUUUUCACCGGUCUAUCCAGUGCAAGCUUUUAGAACCGAUACUAUUUCUCACACCAGUCAACCACUCACAUCUAUUGCUUAUAUUCGAAUCAAAAGGACAACAAAAUCAAAGCGAAAUAUUGCUGAACAAAAAUCAAUGAGAAAUAUGAAUGCAUCAUUAGCACUAGGAUAUCCAGCAGAAUACCAUGCCAAUCCAAUCCUUGGACCAGAACCGAUGGAAAUACCAGUAUCACCAACGUUUUGCCAAGAAUCCAAACACACAAAUGGUCUAAUUAUGGUAUCAGACAAGAAGGUGAUACAUUACAAAAUCAAUAUAAUAUCUGAAAUUGCAACAAAACGCAAGACAUUUGCUGGAAAGACUUAUCGCGCUAUACUAUCAUCAGAAGGUCGUUACAACGAAGUUGCAUUCAAACGACUCAAGAAGUCUUACUAUCAAGAAGAACUUUUUGAAAAAUGUCUUGAUUUACUGCAUGUAGGACGUCGACAAUAUUCUACUGAACUUUCGAGUGCUGCAAAAAAUAUUCCAUACCGUAUUCAAGGUGAAGAUUAUAUCUGCAAAAUUGCCGGUUUCAGCACUAAUGAUAAGAUGUAUGGUCCAUGGGUGGCAUAUGAAUUUGUGAGCGGGAAUUCGCUAGAUGUCGCACUUGUGAUGCGUAAAAAAGACGGAUUACCACCACUGACAAAUCGUGCUAACUUUGAAAUCAUGUACCAAAUAGCGGCUGGAAUGCGAUAUCUUGAAAAUAACGGCUUAUGUCAUCGAGAUCUUCGAGCAGCGAACAUUCUCGUUUAUGUACAGCAUCAGUAUUCAAUGGCUAUCAAAAUUACCGAUUACAUGCUAACCCUCUCCAUUUUAAACCUUAGCUCUUUGCACUGGAGAUGGAUGGAUUAUGAAGCUCUUGAAUACCGUCAAUUUGGUAUCAAGACUGAUAUUUGGUCAUUCGGCUGUGUAAUAUUUGAAAUUUUAAAUCCCGGAAAAUUGCCAUAUUCACUAGAAAAAAUUCCAAUCGAAAAUCCGCAAGGGUUAAUAAAAUUUUUGGGAUAUGGUAAACGAAUGACGAUACAAAAAAGUGCCCAGCAAAGAAUACCGAAUUUUAUUUCGACGUUAAUAAACUGUUGUUGGAUGGCACCAAAAAGUCGUCCCUCAUUCGACGAUCUGUUCAACUUUUUCUAUGAUCUGUUAUUCGACUUUACGAAUGACUAUAAUAAAGAAGGUGGCUCUGCACAACAUUAA